CAUAAGUACAUCCCGUCUCUUGUCACUGAACAGACUUUUCGACACCCUUUUUUAUCUGCUCUGUUUGAACCUGGAUAUCAGACUGCUUCAUCUGCCUCCUGAUUAGAAUUAUUUACAUGCCUCUUGCAAUGGCUUUGUUGAGAAGUAUCCUCAUCAUUGGUCAGCUUCUUCCAUUAGUGAGGACCCAAAAUGUCAAGUUCUUCCCAUGUGACAGUGAUGAGAAUGCCACCACGGUAGACUGCUGUGGCAGAUCGCUCAAGGAUGUCCCCUCCAUUACGUCGAACACUGUGCUGUCUCUCAAUUUAAGUCGGACUAGGAUAAACCAUGUAAGGAGGGAUGCUUUUGUAGGUGUCCAGAACCUUCAAACUCUGAAAAUAAUGUGGAAUUGCCAACCAGGUCAAUUGAGAGCCUUAAAUGACGAGACAUGCAACAUGAGGAUCCACCCUAAAGCCUUCAAAAGCCUACACAACCUUACAUCUCUGUAUCUAUCAGGAAACAGCCUCACAUCUAUCCCCUUGUUACCUGAAAGCCUGAAGGUUCUUGAUCUACAGAAUAAUUGCAUCUUCCAAAUUACAGAACCUUUGAAAACUCCUAAUCUGGAAGGGCUCUUCCUCAGUAGGAACUGCUAUUAUGCAAAUCCUUGCUUCCAAACGUUUUACAUCAGUGAGACGGUUUUCAGAGAGCUUCAUAAACUCCAACGCCUUACAUUAGGGUAUAAUAAUUUGACAUCUAUCCCUAAGGGACUGCCACAUUCACUGAAGAGUCUUGAUUUAAAAGAGAAUACAAUCCCAGAGGUUUCAGAUAGAGCAUUUGCAAACCUCACAAAGCUCCAGAGUUUGGAUCUGGCGUGGAACUGCCAACGUUGUGACCAUUCAGCUAGGCCCUGUUUUCCUUGUCCAAAUAAUCACCCUCUAUUCCUGUAUUCAAACUCAUUCUAUGCUGCGACCAGCUCGAUGACCUACCUAAGUUUAAGGGGCAACUCUUUGAAAACAUUUCCAGAGGGUAUGUUCCGACCUUUGAACAAUUUAAAGCGUUUGGACCUCUCUGACAACCUCCUUGCAUUAGCUAUGCAAAAUGGCACCUUCUUUGCAGAUCUGAAGGGCCUCACUUGGAUUAGCCUUAUCUACAACUAUGAGCCGCUGCGGACAUUAGCCAGACUGACCCUCUCCCCACAUAUUGGCAAUAUAUCUGGUCUAAGACAUCUCCUUCUGAGUGGUAACUUUUUCCACGAGCUUUCUCUUAGCAGCCUGGAUGUUCUGUCCGAGCUUAAAAAUCUAACGAGACUGGAACUGAGAAUGAACUUCAUUACUAAUUGUAACUUGACAGCUCUGACACAGUUACCAUCUCUCAUUGAUAUCGACAUCUCCCAAAACAUGCUUUCAUUCCUCCCGUGCGACUCUAGUCCACCAUCUGAGAUUGUGGCACAGAAAAGCUGUCAGGACCAGAAUUUAUGUCCACACAAUUUCCAUGAACAACCCAUUAUUGUACGUAAUCGUGAAAUCCCAUCAGGAAAUGAGAUCUGGGAACCCAACCAAUCAAAGGGGCUGGGAAUGAACGAGGACCAUGUGCCAAAAUACCCAUCACUAUUUUACUUUAGAGUUCAUUUCUGUGAAAAUGAAUUAACAGUUGACCUGUCUCAAAAUGACAUUCUGUCUAUUAACAAACAUGUGUUACUAGGCAUGGAAGAUGCUGUUUGUUUGGAUCUCUCCUUCAACUACAUGAACCAGGCACUGAUGGGUGGGCAGUUUAACAGCACAAAAAAGUUAGUUUUUCUUGAUUUGUCAUACAACAGGCUUGAUCUUUAUUAUUCUAAUGCUUUCAGUGAGCUAAAAAGUACUCUCAAGGUAUUAGACGUAAGUAACAAUGAUUUUUACUUCAGAAUGAGGGGCAUGGGCCAAAGUUUUGAGUUCCUUCCUAACCUGAACAACUUGGAGGUCCUAAGUUUUGCCAACAAUGCCAUUGGGAGGAGAAUAAGUCGUGGACUGAUCAGCAGCUCUGUCAAGUACCUGUACUUCUCUGGAAAUCAACUCAGUGUUAUGUGGGAAUCUGACAACAACCAGUACACCCAUUUCUUCCAAAACCUGACAAGCCUCAUCUACCUGGACAUCUCCAACAACAACCUGACCUCGAUCUCACACGAGAUUCUGUGCAACCUCCCAGGAAGCAUUGAAGCCCUCAUUAUCAGCAAGAAUCAGCUUGACUAUUUCCCAUGGUUCAAACUCAAAGCACUUGGCAAUUUGUGUCACCUGGACCUCAGUGAAAAUAACCUUUUUCAUUGGCCCCAUAAACACAUAGAAUUUGGAGCAAAUUUGUCUCUCUUGGACCUCAGUCACAAUCACUUUAGUUAUAUCCCUCAGUCACUCUUCAAAGAGUCAAAAUCCUUGCAAUAUCUGUAUCUCAGCCACAAUCAGAUCAAGGAGCUGGACCAUCGGUACCUACCCACCCCUUUUACCAACGGUAGUGGCCUUAGGCAACUCGGCCUACAUCACAACCCCUUUAAAUGUGAUUGUGAUACAUCUUGGUUUGUGGACUUCUUGCGCACUACCACAGUCCAGAUUCCUCAUGUCACACAUAUAUAUUGUGGAUUCCCAGAGUCGAAGCAGGGAAAGAGUAUACUAUCAAUGGACCAGCAUUCCUGCCAGGACAUAUAUGGCAGCUUAGCUUUCCUCAUCUGUUCCCUCUUGGCUUUGACAUUCACUGCUCUGCCCCUGCUGAAGCAUCUCUAUGGCUGGGACUUGUGGUAUUGCUUACAGGUGCUUUGGGCAGGGCAUAAAGGAUAUACCCAGCUGACUGGUACUGAUUCAGAGAACCGCUAUGAUGCUUUUGUGGUGUUUGACACCAGCAACCAGGCGAUGAGGGAUUGGGUCUACAAUGAGUUAACUGUCCAUCUGGAGAACUUCGGUCACAGGAGGUUUAGUCUCUGUUUGGAAGAGAGGGAUUGGAUUCCUGGGCUGUCGUGUAUUGAGAAUCUACACAGCGCCGUCCACAACAGUGUGAAGACGGUGUUUGUGCUGUCCAGCGGCUCUGACGGUGGUGAUACAGUGAAUGGUGUGAUCCGCCAGGCUUUCUAUAUGGUACAGCAGCGGCUCCUGGAUGAAAAGGUGGACACAGCCGUGCUUGUUCUGUUGGAUGAGAUGUUUCCCAAACUGAAGUACCUCGAGCUGAGGAAGAGGUUGUGUAGAAAGUCUGUGUUGACCUGGCCAAAAAACCCAAAGGCUCAACCCCUGUUCUGGAAUGAAAUGAGAAUGGCAUUGUCGUCAGAUAAUCUCAAAUUGUAUGACAACAACAUGAGUGAAAGUUUUAUCUGACUCCAUUUUAACAGCUGAUGGUGAGCCCUUUAGUGGAAAGUGAUCGAUGAUGUGACAUACUGUACAUAAUUAUAUUUUUAAUAUGUUAAUUACCAUUUGAAUUCAAACGUAGUAGCUCUUCUUUGCUUUCAAACAAAGAAAAGUAAGAUAUUGGCAUGGUGUUUGGUUUUGACUUAUGAUUUUUUUUUUUUUAUAAUAAUUUGUCAUUGUUAUGAAUUCUUUAUUUUUCCAAUCCUGAAUUUGCUUUAUCUUUGGUUUAAUGAGUUUGUCUUUGUCUUCAGAGAGCUUGAGUUGGUUUGAGUAAUGAGAUGUGUAUUCCACAUUACAAAUAAAUUUCUCCUAAUUUCA